AAAAGACCGCCCCUUGUAUUCCCCCUCUCGCAAGCAAACACUAUACUAUAUAUACUCUUGAAUGCAUUCUCAUUUCCCACACACUAAACAUUCAAUUCAAAACACAUAUAUUCAUUCAUGGAUACCAAAAUCAUCGGUGCUUUAGAAGCUACUCCUGCUACCAACGGCAACCUCGGUAGCCCACCCAAACUCACCCCUACUUGCUGCAUCCAGUCCUCCCCCGUCCCCUUCAACUCCGGCGAGGCCACACUCGGCCGCCACCUCGCUCGCCGCCUCGUCCAGAUCGGAGUCUCCGACGUCUUCUCUGUUCCCGGCGACUUUAAUCUAACUUUGCUGGACCACCUCAUCGCUGAGCCAGGGCUCAACCUGGUCGGCUGCUGCAACGAGCUCAAUGCAGGAUACGCUGCCGACGGUUACGCUAGGUCUCGCGGCGUCGGUGCUUGUGUUGUUACUUUCACUGUUGGUGGACUUAGUGUCCUCAAUGCUAUUGCCGGUGCGUACAGUGAGAAUCUUCCGUUGAUUUGUAUUGUCGGUGGACCGAAUUCGAACGAUUACGGUACUAACAGGAUUCUUCAUCAUACUAUCGGAUUGCCGGAUUUUAGCCAGGAGCUUCGUUGCUUUCAGACUGUCACUUGCUAUCAGGCUGUGGUGAAUAACUUGGAUGAUGCACAUGAAUUGAUCGAUACCGCGAUCUCGACUGCUUUGAAAGAGAGCAAACCUGUUUACAUCAGCAUAGGUUGUAAUUUGGCAGCCAUUCCUCAUCCUACGUUCAGCCGAGAACCGGUUCCAUUUUCUUUAGCCCCCAAGUUGAGUAAUAAGAUGGGUUUGGAAGCGGCUGUUGAGGCUGCAGCAGAGUUCUUGAACAAAGCAGUAAAGCCUGUGAUGGUUGGUGGACCUAAACUACGUGUUUCACACGCGUGUGAUGCGUUUGUCGAAUUGGCAGAUGCUACGGGUUACGCUCUUGCGGUGACACCAGCAGGAAAAGGGCUAGUCCCCGAGUACCAUCCUCACUUCAUUGGAACAUAUUGGGGUGCUGUAAGCACAGCAUUCUGUGCAGAGAUUGUUGAAUCAGCUGAUGCGUACAUCUUUGCCGGCCCUAUAUUCAACGAUUACAGCUCUGUAGGUUACUCUCUCCUUCUUAAGAAGGAGAAAGCGCUGAUUGUUCACCCUGAUCGGGUUGUAAUCGGAAAUGGGCCCACUUUUGGUUGUAUUCUUAUGAAGGAUUUCUUGCAAGCUCUAGCUAAAAGGGUUAAGAAAAACACCACUGCAUAUGAGAAUUACCAUCGGAUUUUCGUACCCGAAGGUCACCCUCUGAAAUGUGCUCCUAGGGAACCGUUAAGGGUUAAUGUUCUGUUUGAACACAUACAGAAGAUGUUGUCUAGUGACACUGCUGUGAUUGCUGAAACCGGAGAUUCGUGGUUCAAUUGCCAGAAACUAAAACUGCCACAAGGAUGUGGGUAUGAGUUCCAGAUGCAAUACGGGUCGAUUGGGUGGUCUGUUGGUGCUACUCUUGGGUAUGCACAGGCUGCUACUGAUAAGAGGGUGAUUGCUUGCAUUGGUGAUGGAAGCUUUCAAGUUACUGCCCAAGAUGUGUCCACAAUGCUGCGAUGUGGGCAGAACUCCAUCAUCUUCUUGAUAAACAAUGGUGGCUACACCAUUGAAGUUGAAAUCCAUGAUGGGCCUUACAAUGUGAUCAAGAAUUGGAACUACACUGGAUUGGUUGAUGCGAUCCACAAUGGAGAGGGCAAGUGUUGGACUACAAAGGUGGUUUGUGAAGAAGAUCUGAUUGAAGCAAUAGAGACAGCAACCGGAGCUAAAAAAGAUUGUUUUUGCUUUAUUGAAGUGAUGGCUCACAAGGAUGAUACAAGCAAAGAGUUGCUCGAGUGGGGUUCGAGAGUUUCGGCUGCUAAUAGCCGUCCCCCGAACCCUCAGUAAAAGCUUUUGCCUAAGAUAUUCUAUUUGUUGAAUCAUCGAGUAUUGGUGAUGUUAUUAUUGCAACUGUCUUUUAUUAAUAUUACUAGUUUAUAGACCCGCGUAUUACACGGGUUGAAUAAAGACAAUAUGUUACGUAAACCCGUA